AAGAGUGUCUUCAUGGGCCGUUUCUCAAAGGGUAUCCACCAUGAGAACAAGAAGAAGGCUGAGGCGGCUGCUGCAAACAGCGGUACCGACUCUCCUGUUGAUGAGAAGAACCCUGGUAUUCUCACAACCCAGGAUUCUGGCGCCGCCACCGAGGCGGAAUGGAAGCAGGCCUCUCGUGCCAUGCGAACAGCCAGUUGGGGUACCAUGUUCUAUCUCAUCACUACCGAUAUCCUGGGUUGGUCAUCAACUCCCUUCGUCUUUGCCAGUGUCGGAUAUGGCCCUGGUGUUGCUCUGUACAUUGUAUUUGGUGCUGCCGCUGCCUUCUCUGGCUACAUUCUGUGGAAGGUCUUCCUUGGUCUCGACUCAUCUCGCUUCCCCAUGGUUUCUUUCGGUGAUACCUAUUUCCGAGUUUACGGAUCAUUUGCUCGUCACUUCAUCAAUGUCGCUCAGGCCAUCCAACAGUUCAUGACAGUCGCUGUUUUGAUUCUGGGAAGUGGUACGAUCAUCGCCCAGUUGUCCAGUGAGAGCAUUUGCUACAUUGCCUGCCUCGUCAUCUUCAUGGUGGUCGGCAUGGUCUUUGGUAGCAUCCGUUCUCUGCAGCGCAUUGGUUGGCUUGCCAACUUGUCCGUCUGGAUCAACAUUGUCUCCUUCAUUAUCAUCAUGGUUGCUUGCGCCAACUUUCCCAUUGACUACCAGGCCGUUACAAGCUCCACUCGGAUCAAGACCAUCGAGCCCAUCAAGACAUUUGCUGGCCCUCCUCCCGAUCAGUACCAGCAGCAAGCUACAGGUUUCGCUGGCCAGUUUAACGGAAUCAACCAGAUGGUGUACAGCUACGGUGGUGCUCUCCUGUUUAUCGCUUUCCUUGCCGAGAUGCGUCAUCCUUGGGACUUCUGGAAGGGUAUGCUUUGCGCCCAGACCUUCAUCUGCCUUGUCUACAUCUUCUUCGGUGCUUUCGUCUACGGCCACUAUGGACAGUACUCUGCUUCCACCAUCAACACCGUCAUUCAGCCAUUCUCCCUGCAGACUGCGAACAACGUUUUGAGUUUGAUCACAGGAGCUAUUGCCUGUCUCAUGUACAUGAACGUCGGCAUGAAGACUGUCUACGUCGAGGUCUUCCAGGAGAUUAUGGGUCUUCCCCCGAUCACCACCCGCAAGGGUCGCUGGUUGUGGUAUGCCCUUGGACCCCUUUACUGGGCUCUUGCUUUCAUCGUCGGUGCUGCCGUCCCUAACAUCAACGGUAUCUCCGGUAUUGUCGGCGCUCUCCUGAUCCUCAACUUCACCUACACUUUCCCCGCUUUCUUGUACAUUGGAUACCGUGUCAAGAUGGACGCUGCUCUGCCUGGUGAAGGUUUCGACCCAGCUACCGGCGUGACUACCCGCCUCGACUCUGGUAUGAAGCGUUGGACCCGUGGAUUCAUGGUCAACUGGCACAUCAAUAUUGUGAACAUUAUCUACUUCCUUGGUGGUCUCGUUUGCUCUGGUAUGGGCUCCUGGGCCGCCAUUGAGGGUCUCAUCACCAUCUUCGGACCUGGAGGUACCGUGGCCACCUCAUUCGGAUGUGCUGCACCUGUGUAAAUAUUUAAUAACUUGCUCGUAAAUAACUCUUGAGCCUAUAUACCACUUUCUAUUCUGAAUUCAAAAAAGUUCAAUUAAUCA